UCGGACUCGAGCAAAAAAAAAAUUCUAAGCAAAGAAGCAUAGCAGCAUCAGCACCCAUAGUAAAGGAGGAAAACAUGUUAGAUAACAUUUCAUUGUUUUGGUGAAAGCAUGAUUGAACCCCAGGCCUGGUCGAGGGCGCCACAAAUCUAAAUGGAGUCGGAGCAGCUGUUUAACAGAGUCUACUGCAGGAACAGCUACAACAGUAUCACCAGCGCCAGCAGUGACGAGGAGCUGCUCGAUGGCGCCGGCAUCAUCAUGGACUUCCACACCACCGAGGACGACAACCUUCUGGAUGGAGACGCUUCUCCAGGCUCCACCUACAACAUGUCUAACGGUGGGGGCGGAGCUGGAGGGGUGAGCAGCUCUACACACCUCCUGGACUUGUUGGAAGAGCCCAUUCCUGGAGUAGGCACCUACGACGACUUCCACACCAUCGACUGGGUCAGAGAGAAGUGUAAAGACCGCGAGCGACACCGCAAGAUUAACAGUAAGAAGAAGGAGUCAGCAUGGGAGUUCACAAAGAGCCUGUAUGACGCCUGGUCUGGGUGGCUGGUGGUGACAUUAACAGGGCUGGCUUCAGGUGCCUUGGCGGGUUUGAUAGACAUUGCAGCUGACUGGAUGAAUGACUUGAAGGAAGGCGUGUGUUUGAGCGCUCUGUGGUUUAAUCAUGAGCAGUGCUGCUGGGGCUCCAACGAGACCACGUUCGCCGAGAGAGACAAAUGUCCACAGUGGAAUACGUGGGCUGAACUCAUUUUGGGCCAGGCCGAGGGUCCUGGUUCCUACAUUAUGAAUUACUUCAUGUACACGUACUGGGCUCUGACCUUUGCCUUCCUGGCAGUUGUUCUGGUCAAAGUGUUUGCCCCUUACGCCUGUGGAUCUGGGAUCCCUGAGAUUAAGACCAUCCUGAGUGGGUUUAUAAUCCGGGGCUACCUGGGCAAAUGGACACUGAUGAUAAAGACCAUCACUCUGGUGUUGGCCGUGGCAUCAGGGCUGAGCCUGGGGAAAGAAGGUCCACUGGUACACGUGGCCUGCUGCUGCGGCAACAUCUUCUCAUACCUCUUCCCCAAGUAUAGCAAGAACGAGGCCAAGAAACGAGAGGUGCUGUCUGCAGCAUCAGCUGCGGGGGUGUCAGUGGCAUUCGGAGCUCCUAUAGGAGGAGUUCUCUUCAGUCUGGAGGAGGUGAGUUAUUACUUCCCACUGAAGACCCUGUGGCGGUCCUUUUUCGCCGCCCUGGUGGCAGCAUUUGUGCUUCGCUCCAUUAACCCGUUUGGCAACAGUCGCUUGGUGCUGUUUUAUGUGGAGUACCACACACCCUGGUACCUGUUCGAGCUCUUCCCCUUCAUCCUGCUUGGCGUGUUUGGUGGUCUGUGGGGCGCCUUCUUUAUCAGAGCCAACAUUGCUUGGUGCCGCCGGCGCAAGUCCACACGGUUUGGUAAAUACCCAGUCCUGGAGGUGAUCACGGUUGCGGCUAUCACGGCCAUCGUUGCUUUUCCCAACCCGUACACACGCCAGAACACGAGCCAGCUGAUUAAAGAGCUGUUCACGGACUGUGGGCCGCUCGAGUCGUCGCAGCUGUGCCAGUAUCGUAGCCAGAUGAACGGGAGCCAGGCGUAUCCAGAGGGCACAGAGGCCACCACCACUCCUGGGGUUUACUCGGCCAUGUGGCAGCUCAGCCUGGCUCUCAUCUUCAAAAUCAUCAUGACCAUUUUCACCUUUGGCUUAAAGGUUCCUUCCGGUUUGUUCAUCCCCAGCAUGGCAAUCGGGGCAAUAGCAGGCCGGAUCGUGGGCAUUGCGGUAGAGCAGCUUGCUUACUACCACCAUGACUGGUUUCUCUUUAAGGAGUGGUGUGAGGUGGGGGCAGAUUGCAUUACUCCUGGUCUCUAUGCCAUGGUAGGAGCCGCAGCUUGUUUGGGUGGUGUAACACGGAUGACCGUGUCUCUGGUGGUGAUUGUGUUUGAGCUGACUGGCGGCUUGGAGUACAUCGUGCCCCUCAUGGCUGCAGUGAUGACCAGUAAGUGGGUGGGAGACGCGUUCGGGCGCGAGGGCAUCUAUGAGGCCCACAUCCGCCUCAAUGGCUACCCAUUCCUGGAUGCGAAGGAGGAGUUCACACACACCACGACAGCACGUGAGGUGAUGCGUCCGCGGCGUAACGAGCCACCGUUAGCAGUGCUAACUCAGGACGACCUGACACUGGGAGAGCUGCAGACUACCAUCAAUGAUACGAGCUACAACGGCUUUCCAGUCAUCGUCUCCAAAGAGUCCCAGAGACUGGUGGGGUUUGCCCUUCGCAGGGACAUUACUAUAGCUAUAGAGAACGCCCGGAGGAAGCAGGAAGGCAUUGUGCUAAACUCACGUGUGUAUUUCACACCGCAUGCCCCAACGCUACCUGCUGACAGCCCGCGCCCUCUGAAGCUGCGCAGCAUCCUGGACAUGAGUCCCUUCACUGUCACAGACCACACGCCCAUGGAGAUCGUCGUGGACAUUUUCCGCAAGCUUGGCCUGCGCCAGUGCCUCGUCACGCACAACGGGAUUGUAUUGGGCAUCAUCACUAAGAAGAAUAUUUUAGAGCAUCUGGAGGAGCUCAAGCAGCACACGGAGCCCCUGGCGACUCCUUGGUAUUAUUACAAAAAAAGAUAUCCUCCGUCAUAUGGCCCAGAUGGCAGACCAAGAUCCCGAGUCCAUAAUGUUCAACUAGUUCCCUCUUACACCAGACGUGAGGAAGAGGAAAGCGAAGAGGAGGUGCGAUUAUUGGACGAUAUGUCCCACUGACCUGUUUGUGUAAAACGCCCCCUUUCCCCCUGUCCCCCCGUCCCGCAUGGCUCCUACGCGGGGACCGGCUGCACCGGUGGAUUCUUCCAGAUCUCCAUCCAGGCCUUCAGGAAGAUGAUGAUGUUCCCUGAAAAAAAGGCUUGAAAGAUGAUCCAGAGCUUCAGCCAGUGAUGAAAAUGCACUAAAACGCUAACGUACUCACACAUGGGCACGCACUGAUCCGGCUCAGGCCCCUUCGCUCGUGCUCACCUUGUUAGACCUCAGCGGGGUGAAAGGUCAUGAUGAGCCGCACAGGUGCGAGGAGGGACCUCAGCCACGAAACUCCGAUCACGUACUGCUGUGACUCCUGCCACCUGAACCGCCCUGCCGCGUUCCCACUAAAGACUCCACAAUCGUUGUUUACCUGUAUCACGUGAGCUUGACUGUGUGUGUGUGUGUGUGUGUGUGUGUGUGUGUGUGUGUGUGUGUGUGUGUGUGUGUGUUUGAAUGAGUGAGAGAGGAAAUGAAAAGCUCCCCUACAUUCCAAUCAAGAUGUCGCUCUGUGUCCUUUGCUUGUUCCAUCUGAGGCACAACAAAAUAAAAUCUACUGUGUGUGUGUGUGUGUGUGUGUGUGUGUGUGUGUGUGUGUGUGUGUGUGUGAGAAUGAUGAAACUGUGAUCCAUCGAGUAUUUAUCAUUGUGAGAUGAUCAAAUGUGCAAAAGGAAGUUUUUGACGCCACCAUGUGCAAAGCUGCCUGAAGUGAUUUUUUUUUUUUUGUUUGCGUUUUUGUUUUUGUUUUGUUUUUUUUCCCAGCACUACAAACUGUCCAUCAAACUGCAAACCUUUUUUUUUCCUUUUCUCUUCUUUUGGUACGUAACUGAUUGGGGAUUUUGUGUGUUCAGGAGUCUUAUUGCGGCAGUACAAAAGCUAGAUGUAGUAAUAACUGAUGUACCAAGUACAGUCUCUGUUUCGUGACUUUUCCAAUGGUGUUGCCCCCUCCCCCCUUUUUUUUUUUCUACUUCUUCUAUUUUUUUUUAAUGUUCUCUUACUCAGUGGCUCGAUGUUGCUCAUUCCAUCCGUCCCUCUCAGGCAGGUGUGUGUAACUGGACCCAACACUAACGACUCAUCUCGACGCAUGCUACUUUUUAUUAAUACUUUAUUUUAAUUCUUUGCAGCUCGAUUAUUUUUUUUUGCCCAAGGAAUCAAAGUACAUCCCGAUUUUAACCUUUAAUCGGCUCCUUUAACAACGUAGGACGUUUACACACUCUUAAGUUUUGCGAUCUCACUCAUUUUGUGCGACUGAUGUGAAAUCUGCUUUUUUUUUUUUUCUUCAAUCCAAAUCAGUUUAUUAAUCUGCCUUCCUACACAACAGCCAAGUAAAAAUAACAACACAAUUAUGGUAAAAUAUAUUUAUGGUUUCUUGUUACAGUAUAACAGGAAAGAUAAAAAUGUUUUUGCCAAUGUUUAUUUAUUCUUUUACCACAGAAUGUUGUUUCUCCCAGACCACCACAUAUACAUUGUGAUCAUCACCAACAAAAACACUAACGGGGCACGACCCUGUGGAAUAAAAAGCUUAUUUAAUGUGUAAAGAGACGCGCCAACGACGAGUGAAGUCGGUUGGUCAAACCACUGACCAUGUGUACAAUAUCUCAGAAACGUGUACAAUGGUGUAACGAAUCACGUGAACAAUCACAGCACCAAGAAACAACCAGAACGUUGUACAAUGAGGUUAUAAAGAAAAAAAGCUUUUUUUCAAGCUCAUUCGUGGAUCCAUUGUGAGGGCCCAGCAUCGAUACUGAUUAUUUCUCUAGCACCGCCCACACCGGUUUUUCUUUUUUUUUAAUCAUGAUGAAAAAAAAUAGAUCUAAAAGCUUUAUUUCCAUUUUAGGUUAAACUGAGUGAAUCCCACAGUCUGAAUGGACUGGAAGAAGACGACUGGGUUUUGAUCUCGUCACCAUCCUAUCAGCCCUUUUCCUCCUUCAGCAUUACUUUGUGUAUUCGUUCUCGCUACUAAUCUUUUGCAUUCGGUUACCUUUAUAUUGUGAAAAAAAGAAAAGUACAUCUACAGGUACAUAGAUUCCCACCCCACCCCCCACUGUCCGCGUCCUUUGCUCCUGCAUUAUAAUCUCAUCUCAGAUGUCGGCAGCAGUCUGUUAGUCAGGUUAUGAAGGAAAAAAAAACAAAAAAGCAUUAAUGAUGUUCUCAUAAUGUUCUUUCCAUGUUUUUUUUUUUUUUUUUAAUUUAUAAUUAGCCCUAGAUUUGUACAUUACUGUAAAUUUUAAGUACAAUUACAUAUGAUUGUUGGUUUGAUUGUACAUUUAAAAGGUGUAAGAUUAAAUUGUCGAAAAUAA